AACCUGACACUGGGGUUUCAUCUCAUUUCUUUCACACUUUGACCGGAUCGUUUGCGGUGUCACGAAGGGGCGAUGUUGUACAACUGGGAGACGGGCUUGCAGCCCGAACGUUGCUCCGACUUGGGGGAUGUUCUGGGCACCGAGCAGAUCCGGCACCUUUGCUGCCGGAGCGGAUGCACAGUAGUUGUGUUGUCCAGCGGGAAGAUUUUCAGGAGAGUCGAUGGAAAACCACCUGGGCAGUUUCCUUAUUUCAAGGAACAGGAGAUUCACUUUGCUGCUUGUGGGACAUCCCAAGUUCUGUUUGUUUCGGCGACAGGAAGUAUUCUUCAGAGUCAAGUCAAUUCAAAGAGAUGUGCCAAUAAUCUAAGAGGGAUCACCUUAUCGAAACCACAGUUGUUUAGGAGUUUGAGUGGAAGUAAUAUAAUACAAGUGACCUGCGGAAACAAUCAUUCUUUGGCGCUUUCCAAAGAUGGCCAAGUCUUUGCCUGGGGACAGAACACCUUUGGCCAGUUGGGUCUCGGUACAAGAGGUCGCCUGUCUUGCGACCCCCAGACGGUGAAGAGUUUCUCUGGGGUCCCAGUGGCUCAGAUCACAGCUGGAGGCGAGCACAGCUUCGCUCUGACCGUCUCGGGGACGGUAUUUGCAUGGGGCAGAAAUAAUCACGGACAACUGGGGCUCGACGACACAGAGGAUACUCUUACUCCCAAACAUGUGCAAAUCCUAUCGUGCAAGAGCACCAUCUUUAUUUCUUGUGGAGAGGAGCACACUGCAGUUCUGACGAAGGAUGGAUUUGUUUUGACAUUUGGAGCUGGGGCGCACGGACAGCUUGGACACAACUCGACAAGAGAUGAGAUCAAACCUCGACUGGUUGGCGGACUGUUUGGGAGAAAGGUUUCUCAGAUCGCAUGCGGGAGCUAUCACACGUUGGCCCUUGUUUCAUCCACUGGCACGAUCUAUUCCUUUGGUUGUGGAGAAAUAAUAAGGCUGGGAAAUGGCCAAACCAGUGAACAUUCAGUGCCUCUUCCCAUCAAUCUGAUAGACACUGCAAGCAAUGGUGGAGCUGACAAUGGCGGUUCAAUUAAACGAGGCGUCAGAAAAAUAUUUGCUGGGGGAAAGUUCAGCUUUGCAGAAUGCUAUGAUGAAGAGAAUUUACUAUCAUCGCUGGAAGAAUCUCUGCUCACUCUGAAGAGAAUUGUGCCACUAACAAAUUUAUUGGAGGAGAAACUGUGCAAGAACACGAAAAAAGCAAUCAUUCGAGGUUAUUCAUCUUCACCGAUUAUGAAUGCAAGCUUCCUGGACACGAGCAAGGAUAACCAUUUCAAAACAAGCCGAAUGCUGCCUGGUCUGGAUAUGUCCUUAGUGUACCUGAACUUUGAGAAUUUGGCAAAAGACACUUCACUGCUAUCUCAGGUGACAAAUGCAAUCCUGACAAAGCUGAUCCCUUCACUCCCUCGCUCUCCUGCAAGUUUGGAAGCUCUGCGAGUUUACCUUGUUCUGCCUGCGCUCAUCGCUGUACUUGAUGAGCCAGAAAGCUCCAUGCUGACAGAAGCCCUGACCACAGCCAUUCUUUCCCUCGAAGGAAGUUACUUCAAAGUUCUAGAAUGUUGGUGGAAGGCAAUACCUGUCUACUUCUUCAAGCGUCUUGUGAGGAUUUAUCAUGACGAAUCCAAGCAACUUCUUCACCUCGCUAUGACUGACAUCUCAAAUGAUAUCCCUGAACUUAAGAAAUCAUUACAAAUUUUACAAACACUUUAUAAGGUAAAUUCUACCAGAGAUAAUCAAAUUCCAGAGAGGCGCUUCAAUAUUCCUGUAAUGAAAAUCUUUCAAGAGAUCUGGCCAUUUGUGGUCAGAAACUUUCCUCGUUUUCAAAUACGAUUGGAUGAAUUCAUGAAUGAGUGGAUCUCCGACAUUUAUCUUGUGUUUACUUCACGGAUGAUGUACGGAGUUCACUCACACGCGUUACAAUGGGCGAGGCUGCACCAUACAGCACUUCGUAAGAUCUUAGGGCAAUUAAUUCCUUAUCCCUGCAUCUUUAAUAUCGACACAAAGCUUGCAUAUUUAAAGCUGGAAACCGAAAUAAUGCAAAACAAUGCUAUUGAACUUCAGGUGACUGUUUCAAGAACAUCAGUUCUUCAAGACAUAAUACAAUGGUACAGAUCUCAGUAUGGACUUGUGGAUUUUACAGGACUUGAGGUUACAUUUAACAAUGAAUCAGGUUAUGGUCAUGGGGUGACACAAGAAUUCUUUACUAAUUUCAGCAAGGAACUACAGGAUGAUACAAGCAUUUUUGAGCACUGUUCUGAAUCUGGCUUCUUGUGGUUCCCCAGCAGGGAAACCGGAUCAGAUGAUGUAUUUCACCUGGUGGGAAUUCUCUGUGGAAUUGUCCUAUCCAAUGAUUUUGUUGCCAACUUCCACUUACCUUUGGCUUUGUACAAAAAGUUGCUCCAUGUUCAACCAACACUGGAAGAUCUGAAGGAAUUCUUACCAACAGAAGGAGCAUCACUCCAAUAUGUCCUUGAUUAUGAGUAUGAUGACAUUGAAGAAGUAUUGGGCCAACAUUUUACAGUAAUCAAAGUCACUGAGGACGGAGCGACAGUUGAACAGGAACUCAUUGCUGAUGGUGCCAACACACUUGUCCAAAAGCAUAACAGGAAACAGUUUGUGGAAGCCUAUGUGGAUUACAAGUUGAACACUGCCGUGGAGAAACAAUUCAAAGCCUUUUUUGAGGGUUUCAGGAGAGGUUUCCCACUACCCAUUGUGGAUUUAUUCCACCCAGAAGAACUGAUGGCCAUUAUCCAUGGAAACACCAAUUACGAGUGGGAACUUCUGGAACAGAAUGCCGUAUAUGAAGGAUAUUUUCCAACUAGCAGAAUAAUUCUAUAUUUUUGGGAAAUUUUUGAAAGCCUACUGGAAGAGGAGAAAAAGCAAUUAAUUGCUUUUCUCUCAGGAAGUGAGAGAAUCCCAGCAGGUGGGAUUGGAAGAUUCAUAAUUACAAUAAUUAGUCCCCUGAACAUUGAUGAUCCAGAUUUAUCGUAUCCUUGUGCAAUUACUUGCAGCAAGAGCUUGGAACUCCCCAAUUACAGCAACAAAGAUUUACUGAGAGAGAGGCUACUUCAUGCUAUUGAAUGCCGUGAAUUCUAUAAUGCCUGAUAUCUGCAGUUGGUCAUAAUUGAUAAAAAUAUUUUGUAGCAAAACACUUGUUUGAUAACAGCACUGAAAAUAUCAGUGAUAUUACUAGAGUUCAUUAAAAUCUUCUCUAAUCGAACUAGUAAUGUACACUGACAUUAUUCAGUGAUUUAUGCUGCUUUUGCUAAAUGAAUGGUUGUGGAGGGGCAAUAUUAUUUAAAUUAGGGAAGUAUAUGUUGACUUAUUAUUAGCAUAACAAAUAUUUAAUUGUGUGUGAAGUAAAAUGACUGGAAACACAAUGAAUGAAUGUGUAGAAAAGAACUGCAGAUGCUGUUUUAAAUCGAAGAAACACAAAAUGCUGUAAUAACACAGUGGGACAGACUAUCUCU